GCUAUAUUACCAACAACCCUACUGAUAACAGCAAAAAAACUGGAACAGCCUCAGAAAGAGUCGGAACCUAAUCGCGAGUCGCACAUAACUACGGUCGCUCUUGUUGAAUAUAAAGGUGGGAGGAACAAUCAUACCAUGGGAAACUUUGACGGAGUGGGAACGGUACUCAAGCGGGGCAGCGACAUCGAAAACAACGGAGCGAAUGGAAAGCUGCCCACCAAUGGAGCUGCGAUAGAAAAACCUUCCUUGGAUGAACCGGAACAGAAGGAAAUCCUUCUCAACCAGCAGAAAUUUUCGGCACCAGCUUAUACGGAAAUUCGCACGCGACGUUGCACUGUAAAGGCAGCUGCUGAAGCCAAGAGUCCCACAUCGACUAACUAUCAUCCAGAUAAGAAAACUAUAUUUAAUGGCGCUAUCUUUGGAAAGCAUCAGGAGGAGUGUAAGCCAAAUCAGGCCGAGGGAAAACUAUCGCCGGAGCUUGAGCACCAUCAGAAGACAUCGUUCGAGGAAGUACCUCUGCACACGGCCUGCCUUACAUACUUAGGAUUUUAUCUUCUAAUGAUCCUGGGUUACAUUAACCAGCUGCUGUUUGUACCCAAAGUUGCCACUGAGAAGAACAGAGAGGGCUAUGUGGCAUUGUAUGAUGCGUUUGAGAGCUUCUACUCAAGAUAUGUGUACCGCCGAGUGAAGGAUUGUUGGAAUCGACCGAUAUGCAGUGUUCCAGGUGAUGAGCUUACCCUGAAAGAUCGUGUCACCGACGACUACGGCUGGAGUUUCAAGUUCACCGGAACAGAGACACGCUGUUUGAAUCUGGGUUCUUACAACUAUUUAGGCUUUGCAGCUGCCGCCGGGCGAUGCGCAGAUGAAUCGGAAGAAAGGGCCAGGAACGACGGGCUAGCAUACUGCAGUUCCCGCUGCGAGCUGGGCGAUAAUGAACAGCUUCAUGAGUUGGAAAGCCUAACUGCUCGCUAUUUUGGAGUGGAAGAUGCUAUAGUCUUUGGCAUGGGAUUCGCAACUAAUGCUCUUAAUCUACCCUCGCUUCUGGGUCCUAACUGUUUGGUGGUCAGUGAUGAAAAAAACCAUGCCUCAAUCAUUCUCGGUCUCCGGCUUUCUGGAGCCACAAUUAAAGUUUUCAAGCACAACAACAUGCGUGACCUAGAGCGAGUUCUUCGUGAGGGUAUAUGCUAUGGAAAUCCUAAGAAGGGUGGCACGCCAUGGAAUAAAAUAAUGGUUGUUGUGGAGGGAAUUUUCAGCAUGGAGGGUUCCAUUGUCCGGCUGCCCGAAAUUAUUGCUCUGAAGAAAAAAUACAAGGCCUAUUUGUAUUUGGAUGAAGCACAUAGUGUCGGAGCGAUGGGUUCCCAUGGUCGGGGAGUCACCGACUACUUUAAUGUAAACCCCAAGGAGGUGGACAUUUUAAUGGGAACUUUUACUAAGAGCUUUGGAAGUGCUGGAGGAUAUUUAGCGGGAUCAAAGAAACUGAUUGAUUUUCUUCGCACCAAUAGCCACGCACACUGCUAUGCCGGUUCUAUUUCGCCUCCUAUUGCUCAGCAGAUUUUGACAUCAAUGAAAACGAUUAUGGGCGAAGAUGGAAGUGAUACGGGUCGAAAGAAGAUUUUGCAGCUGGCCAGAAACACACGGUACUUUCGCCGUCGCCUGGCACAGUUAGGAGUGAUAACCUAUGGGCACGAGGACUCACCAGUGGUUCCUAUGCUGGUCUACCUUUUUUCCAAAAUUGGAGCUGUGGUUCGCACCCUGACCACCAGGCACAUUGCUGUGGUGGGAGCUGGAUUCCCGGCCACGCCAAUAAUGGAGGGCCGAAUUCGUUUCUGCCUGUCGGCUGCCCACACUAAAGAGCAACUGGACUAUGCCCUGGAGGUGAUUGACGAAAUAGGGGAUGACCUUGGUCUUAAGUAUUCACGAAAACCUCGGGAUGCGAAUCCAAUUGAAUACUGAAGGCUAUAAAAUAUCUUCCAAUACACACACAUUUUUCAGUUGGGAAUGGUAGCCUGGAAAGUGGCUGUUAGAUUUUUACACCCAAAAUCAAACACUGUCAAUAUAUCAAUAGGUGGGCGGGAUUUGCAUAUUUUGGACAUAUUUCCAUGAGAAGGCUUUAGAAAAAUAUGAAGCAGCACAUAGAGCUAAAUAAAUACAUAUUAUUUAGUUUUAUCUUUACAUAGUUGUCAAGUAAAGUGUUAACUUUAGAGCCUUCUGAAAUGGGCUGCAAAGUUUUACUGGUGAAAAAGAAUGCGAAAGGUAUUACGAAAUUCAGGUUACGCUUAAAUUCAAACUAAUUUUAGUUGGUCCCUAAUUUUGAGUGGGACAGUUAAACACCUCGCUUUUAUCACAUAAGUGCUAAGAUAAUUUUACGUCUCGCGACCUAAGGAAAUAAUUGUAAAAGGUAAUUUUGUCAACCCCACAGAUCCCCAAAUAAAAACAAAAAAUAAUGAAACGACGGCCAAGGCAUUUUCAGGAACGUUUAUAUUCUAAUGAUUAUGUAAUAAUUUUAUUUUUUAUCAAAAAGAAUAAAGAUUUUUGGCCAUUUUUAUUGUGCAAAUUUUGAGUGCCUCAAUUCAAAGAAGUA